CAACCCAUAAGACAAGAAGACACAUCCGUAUAUACACACUCUUCCGUGUCUUUCUGCAUCGGAACAGAAGCAUAGCGAAAUGUUUUCAUGUCGGGCAUGCUUGAGGCGUGCUCUUGGUCCAUUAUUGGACUCGUCACCGGCGGCCAUCUUUGAAUCGCCUCUACCUCGCAGAGCUCCCCAGCUAACACGCCGUUUCACAACGGUCACUCCCACCGCCUAUGCUCCGGUUCAGGUUACGGCGGCGCCCUCGUCAGAGAUAGCAGACAAAGUCAAAGAUGUGAGCCCAGAUCCGGAGUCAAAUACGGACGCGAUGACGGGGGAAAAGACGUCCCGGAAACUUCGCCAUGCCGUCAAGAAACACCUCGAGCACAUGCACAACUCGUUCACCAUCGCCAAGCACGUUGAGCGCACCCUUCGCAAGAACCCCGAGCGAUUUGAGGAAACCCUCCUCCUCGUCCAAACCGCGAGCAAGGACCACGGCUGCACGGUGGCGUGGAACCACCUCAUCGACCACCAACUCCAGUCUCAACGCCUCCGUGCUGCGGUCCGCCUCUUCAACGACAUGAAGAAGCGUUCUCAACGCCCAGACGCCCACACCUACACCGUUCUCUUCCGAGGCUUUGCCCUUUCCCCCCAUCGCGAGCUGGCCGUGGCUGAGGCCGUCCGGCUCUUCCGCGGCAUGCGUCGUCAGCCCGGCGUAAAGCCCAACAUCAUCCACCUCAACGCCGUCCUGCAUGUCUGUGCCCGUGCCGGCGACAUCGAUACCAUGUUCGCCCUUGUCGAUGAGGUCCUCCAUGACGGCGCAGACGGAGGCAGAAGCGCGGCAAAUAAGAAGGAUAAGCUCGUCCCGACGGCUCAGACCUAUACUGCCAUUCUACAAGGUCUUCGCUCCUGGGCUUUGGCUCCAGAGGCCGACGCCGAGGGCUCAUCAUCCCCUGCCGACGUCGACGGGCGUACCGAGGAGAUGGUCGAACAUAGUCGUGCUGUGUGGGAGGAGGUGCUGCGAAGUUGGCGCGGGGGCUCCCUCGCCCUGGAUGAGCAGCUCGCGGGUGCCAUGGGUCGUAACCUGCUCCUUGACAAGAAAACUGGCCCUCGGGACGUCCUCGUGCUGUUAGAGCAGACGAUGGGUAUCCCCAGGUUUGAUACUCAGGGGUCAACCAGAACGAAGACGAAACCCGACCAGGAGACGGACAACAACCAACCGCCCCCUCCUGCGGCCUCGAAGUCGCGCAAGAAAGCCGCCUCUGAACCCGCCAAACCAGGGCUCAACACUCUUUCGCUCGUCCUUGCCACUCUAGCCGAAAUGCGCUUCGUCACUGCCGCCGUGAAAUACUGGGAUUACCUCGUCCGCGACCGGGGCGUCGAACCGGACGACAAGCUCUGGGAACAGAUGAUCCGACUCUUGCACCUGGGCCGGUCGAGCGCCGAAACCGCUCGCCUCUUGGCCACCGCCCCGCCGACCGUGCAAUCGCCUUACCUAUUCCGAACCGCGCUGUCGGCUUGCUUCCGCGAUCUCCGCAAUCCCAACGUCGUCGACAACGCGUCCACCAUUGUGGAUGUCAUGCUGCGCGGCGCCGGCGCCGGCGUCGGCGAGAGCGGUGGCCAUCGGGUUCCCGACGCCAAGGCCCUGUGGAUGUACCUAGAGGUCCCCCAGCGGCGGGCCCGGGUCGAAGCGUCCCUGAAUGGCAACAACGCCACGGAGACGGGAGUGGACGUCGGCCAGUCGGUGGAGCUGGUGAACCGGGUGUGGGAACCGUACUGCCGCGCCAGCAAGGCGGCCUUGUUUCCUCAACUCGUGGAGGCUAGGAACCCCAGGCUGAUCAAGAACGCCAAGAUGUACGGGGCGGUGUGUGAAGUGGUGGAGCUGGCCCGAGAGCUGCUCAGCCUGACGGCUCACAUUGCCCGGGCGGGGUACAAGAUCGACACUAAGACGCGGAGAGUGAUGGAGAAGAGACGCGACUCUUUUAACCGCGAAGUGGUCAUCUUCACCGAACUUCGUGAAGAGCUGGAGGACAUGUGGGGUAAGAAGGAGGAAGAGUCGGACGUCAAGGAGCCGACGAGGGAAUAGCGGGUUUCUGGCGCCGCUUCCAGCAGCGAUGGAAUGUAUCAUCAGGACUGUAUCAACACUGUAUCAAGGGCAAUUUACGAUACCCUACCUGCACGAACAUCUUAAUGGAUCAUGUAUUUGUAUUUGUAUGUACAUAUGGCUUUAGACGUCCGAUAAAGUCCCAAUCUCAUUUGGCACCA